CUGUUAAAAAACCUCCAUUUUUUAGGGAAGAAAACAACGAAGACGCUUAUUGAAGUAGUAAUUCAUCUGCAUUCACUGAAACAUCAAAAAACUUUCAGUAGAUUCAGAAUCAAGAAUCAGCACAAAAUAGAGAGAAAGCAGAAUCUGAUUCCAGAAAAGCUUUCAAAAGCUGAGAUCAUUAUGGAGCAAAAAGGAAAUCUAGAACCACAGAAAGAGAACUAGAUUCUACUGUUUAAGAUUAUAAAACAAAAAAACACAAAGAAAAAAAGCAUCCAGAAAAAAAAAGAUCGGCAGAGAACGAAGCAAAACAGGGUGCUACACAGCUCGCAUUGCUGGCCAUGGAGGAAGUAGAGGAGAACUUAAGAGAUGGAAAGAUUGAGAAAAAGACCUGGCGGUGAUCGGAAUCUGAAAUCAGGGAGGGAAUGUGGCCGGAGAAUGACCGAAUCUGACGGUUUCACUGAUUUUGCGUCCGGAGAAUGCGAGCGUUGAACUCGAGGAGAAGUGCGAAGGGAGGGGGUGAUGAGAUGAGUUGGUUACUUAUGGUUAAUGGUACCGGGAGGAAUAGAAUGGAAUGGAAUGGAGUGGAUGCUGCUCGGCUCUUACUCCACGUCUCCACCGACGACAACUGUGUUGGACUUGAAAGAGAACCGUUAAAUGCGAUUUAAUUGUGUGUUUGGAUUACUGAAGAGAGAGGAAGUAGAUACUAGACAUAGUACACUGCGAUUUGGGACUUUGGACUGCGGAAUUUUCCACGAUGAUGAUAUUUUGACGAUAAUGCAACGUAGUGCUUUACUCGUCCACAUUUGUAGACGAGACUUUGGAUACUGGUUAGGUUUUUCCUGUGAUACAUAGACUGUUACUAGGGUUAUAUAAAUGUGCUGAGGUGCUUGUAAAUUACUUGAAUUGAAAUUAAAUUUGAGUCAAAUUG